GGGCUGCCUACAUCCCAGGCGACAGGCGGGCGCCACAGCGACGCUACCCGGCACACGCAGCCGGCCGCAUCACAGGCAAGCUGUUGCACAGCUGCAGCCUCGCGGUGAUUUCAUUUCUUACUGUUUCUCGCGGACCCUUCACCGACUAUGAAGCGUCCGUACUUACCACUGCUAUUGCUGGCGGCAACCACCACUGUUUUCGGCCCUGUUGUAUUGUGCGCAAGAAUGGACCAACUUCAGAUCCUGGAUGGACUUCUUACGAGUGCCUAUGACCGUCGCGCCACGCCCACCAACCACCUAAACAACGCGACAACGGUGCACUGUGAGCUAUAUAUUCGCAGCUUUGGAUCCAUCAGUCCCGUUACUAUGGACUACGAGGUAGACCUGUACCUGCGGCAGAAGUGGCAAGACUCGCGACUGCGGCACUCCAACAUCACGGAGCCUCUCGAUCUUAAUGACCCCAACCUGGUGAAGGCGAUCUGGAAGCCAGAGGUGUACUUCCCAAAUGCCAAACAUGCAGAAUUCCAGUUCGUGACGGUACCCAACGUACUGGUACGCAUCCAUCCAGACGGCGAAAUCCUUUACAUGCUAAGACUGAAGUUAACGUUUUCCUGCAUGAUGGAUCUCUCAAAGUUUCCACUAGACAGCCAAGUGUGCACGAUGGAGGUUGCUAGCUUUUCCAAAACCAUAGAGGAGCUGAGCCUUGAAUGGAAAACCUUAAAUCCAGUAAUCAUGGGGAAAGGAUUACGUAUGCCACAGUUCGAGAUUGUCAAGAUUGCAGCGUCUGAUUGUCAGGAAUCCUUUCAAAUAGGCAACUACAGCUGCCUGGUGGCGGAGUUCCACCUGUCGCGGUCGGUGGGCUACCACCUGGUGCAGAGCUACCUGCCCACCAUGCUCAUCGUCGUCAUCUCGUGGGUCUCCUUCUGGAUGGACGUGGACUCCGUGCCGGGCCGCACCACGCUUGGCGUCACGACGCUGCUCGCCGUCUCCUCGCAGUCCUCGGGCAUCCAGAGCGGGCUGCCGCAGGUCAGCUACGUGAAGGCCAUCGACGUCUGGAUGGGCACCUGCACCGCGUUCGUGUUCUGCGCGCUGCUGGAGUUCACCAUCGUCAACUACAUGUGGCGCAAGUCGUCAGACCCGCUGCUGGCGGCCGUCGGGAUGUCUGCGGACGCCGUGACGACCAAUGGCAAGGCGGCCGCUGCUGGGGAAGACGACUACUUGGAGCUGGCAACGGUCGGCGGCAGACUGGGACAUUUCCACGAGACCUCGCCGCUGCGGGCUGGGGACGACCGCGAUGAGGUCUCCUAUGUCUUCAGCGACGACACUGCCGGCCGAGCGCGAGUGUACUGCAAGGGUGGCUGCCCGCCGGCGAUCGCCGCCUUCCCGCGACACAAGCUGCGGGCCCGUCGCAUCGACGAACUGUCGCGGCUCUGCUUCCCACUGGCCUUCGCCUGCUUCAAUCUGCUGUACUGGGCCUACUACCUAGUGUGGUGAGCAUCAUGCUCUACUGGGCCUACCAUCUCGUUCGGUGGGCCGCCUGCUGCACUGGCCUGUUACCUAGUCUGGCGAGCAACGUGCUCUGCCGGGCCGACCACGUGGUCGGGUCAGCAGCCUGCCCCAUUGAGAGUAUUACCUGACCUGGUAAGUGUGACGGCUGCAGGCUGCCGACAACCACGAGAGAAUACCGUUAGACAGUCCAGAGGGACACCAAGAUCUUCUCCUGUUACUCUUUCAUCGUGUGAAGAGAACGAGAACAUGGAUCGUUUUACAGUUAUUACUGUGUUACAUAAGAACUUUGUUUGCGUUGAAUCUCAUUCAUGAGAAUGAACUAUAAAUCUCAAUAACAUCCGCAGAAUUUUGUUUUGCAAUGUGGAACUUGAUAUACCCCUUGUGUAGCGUCCAUAGAGUUGAUAAAAUAGUGACAUCUCCAUGACUUUUAAGAAUGUGACAAAGAGAAACUUGAAAUGUUGUUGUUGAUCCAUGUAACCCCGAUAAAUGAUAAGAAAUCACUUAUCUUCCUGUAGGAACUGGUAGGAGCUUGGCUUAGAUGCAGUCAUUUCAGAGUAAAUUUUUCAUUCCUAAGCAAAGCGUAAGUGGUCAUGAAACUUACUGACAUACCCAAACAAUAAGAUACAUCGGAGUUCGAGCAAUAGCCCAUAUUUUUCUCGGGAAACAUUUGUAGACAUUGUAAUGUACGAGAACCGUACUAGCGUAUGGGAUGUUUCACUUCUGUCAUGGAUUAUGCCUUGAUAGCUCAGUUUUUCAGACCGGUAUUCAAAGCUAACGAGCACUUUCCUAGUUCGGCAUGGUAUGCUUCAGAGGUCACAUGCCUCUGAGGUGCCUACUGCCUGUCACAUCAAAAGAGAAAUACCAUACGUCGAAACACUGUACCAAUGAAUCUAUGCAAUGAAACUUGACCAACUUUCGAAUAACUGUACCUGUAUAACGUAAACCUUUAACAAAGAAAUUUAAUAGAAUACCUAAUGUAGGUCAUUAUCAGUCAGUUCGUUUCUUCCACAUCAACGUUACCGCAGUGUUCAGUACAAAUGUUUGGACAUGGCGAAGAUUUUAUUUUAAUUUCAUGCAAUAAAAAACUGAACGAAUGUCUGUUAACACAUUCAAGACACUUAAAUAAAUGUAAUGUUUAUCUCUGUAGCUGUCAUGAUAUCCUAAUUUUCUACGCUUCCAAUUCAGAAAACGAAUGUUUACUAUUUCAGUUGCCAGCGCCGAAACGUAAUUAGUCAUCGCCUGACAUACAUUAAUAUUUCAUAGACUAUAACUUGUAGUAAGCAAAUGUUUCACCAGAACAGAAAUCAAUAUUUUUAUUGUGUAUAUAUUUGUCCGCUAACAUACAUCUCGCUGACUCAAAGAAUAAUAGUCCCUGCUCUCACUUCUGGCUGAGUAUUUGUCAUCUGUCUUACCAUCGAUUCUAUUUUUGUGUGUACACUUUUAAGUCCCGAAAAAAUUCUAUUUUUAACAGACAUAAGGAACGAAUAUAUUUUCAUUUCGUAAAUAUUUAGAGCACAAGUUACAGUGAAAUCACUACGAGACGUCUCCUUUGUCAAAUAAUGUAACUGCUACCAUAUUUAAAGAAAUUUUUGUUUAACGUAAAUGAUUGGCUGUGGUUUCUAAACACAGACUACUUUACUUAACAGACUGUACAUUUUGCUGAUAAAAUCUUCCCCAUUUUCCAUAGGAAUGUACCCACCUGCGUUUUGCCUUAAUGAGACAAACAUCAGUAAUAUAGUGUGCUACGUUUGAGCGCCGAACCCGUCACGAUUUGAAUUUUACUUCGUUUGCAAAAUUUGUAUGACCCCAUCCAAUUUGUUUUUAAGGAGGUCGAAAAUGGAUCUUACAGUAGCAGUGUUAACACAAUUUUUACCACUCAUUAAAUGACAGAAAUAAUAGUCAAGUAAACAUAAUACAUCUAUCUGCAUUGUAUCAUCUGGGUUCCAAGUACAGCCCUUUAAUA